CCUGUUUUCAGAACACCUCACCAGCCCAGCAGCUUGAGGGUCACAUUUCAUUCACACGCAUCUCAGGAGGAAAGGAAGAAAUAAAAAGGUCAUCAAAAUGCCAGCCAACUUCUGUGGUACAUGGGACCUAAUCAGCAAUGUCAACUUUGAGGGAUUCAUGGUUGCACUGGGUAUCGGUCGUCCCUUACGAAAGAUUGCUCUGAAAUUGAAGCAGAGGAAGGUGAUUGAGCAGCAGGGGGACCAAUAUGUCAUCAAAACCAUCAGCACCAUCAAAAACUACACCAUCUCCUUUAGAGUAGGUCAGGAGAAUGAGGAGUUUACCAAGGGACUGGACAACAGACAUGUCAAGUCACUGGUGACAUGGGAUGGGAAUAAACUGGUGUGUGAACAGACUGGAGAGAAGAAGAACCGGGGCUGGGCUCACUGGAUUGAAGAGGACAAGCUACAUCUGGAGCUGUACUGUGAAGGAGAAGUCUGCAAGCAGGUUUUUAAGAAGAAUGUGAACGAGUGAAGAGGAAUGAAAGUUGUAUUUCUGGAGAACUUACUAUGUGAUGAAAGGCACCAUGUGUUAGAUCCACCACUCUAAAUCCUGAAAAACAAAAACACACAAAAAGUUAAGUUUGUGGUAUUUCCUAUGUAAUGUGACUUCAAUGCUCAGUCCGGGAGAGAAUAUCUUCCCUGUCAGGAUAUAGAUUUACACCACUAGAUGGCAUCACUGUAUUAUGUUUCAGAUACAGGGCGACACUGGUCUGUAGCUAAGUGGUGCUUGGCCUUGGAUAAGAAAAUAUACAGGACAUCAAUGUUUCAAUGUUUUUGGCUCCUUUAAGCUGGCUAAAGAUUUAAUGCAGGCUCCGUUUAGUGCAAACGUUUUGUUUCCUUCAAAUCUCUAUCUGAUGAAGCACAUUUGAAAUACCACAUUUUCUUUGCACUGGCGUGUGCUGUCCAUUUGUCAUUGUUUGAGCUAUUUGUACAAAAAUCUCUUAAUGUACAUACAUUUAUAUCCAAUGAACAACAGAAAGUGAGGUGUAGUAUAUGUCGAAUACAAUUUUAUAUGAACUUUGUAUAAUAAAAUGGACUUUGAAAGAAA